UGUCAAGGUCAGUCUCCACCCAAAACCAUGGAGACGGAGCCAGCUCCCAGACCCCAGUCGUAACAAACACCAGCGGUCCCUGGCAGGGGUCCGUCGCCAUAGCAACAGGGCCCCUCGACACGCAAGCCACAGGGUCGUUUGCUCAUGUGGCGCAUGCGCUCACCAGCCACAGCCAUGAUAUCGACUCUCCCCCACCAGUCAUUAUCCGUCUGUCGCAUUCCAAUGCUCCCUUUGCUCCCUCGCAUAAUAUUUUGACUCUAAUCAAGUACGCGUGCCUACGUGCGACAAGCCAGAAGAGGUUCACCUAGCAUCGCACAUGUCGCAUGACACCAUGGCAACCGCCACAGACCCCGACUUUCCCUGCUCCCUAUCCAUCGACGUGCCCCUCCCAACUCAGCGCCUCGCAAAGACCGCGCUACAGGCUUUGCAGGUCGACAAGGAACUCUCAGCGCUCGUCCGACGAGACUUGUCUAUUGCCGAAGGCGACGCACAAAGUCCUGCCCUGCUGCACGUAGAGUACAGUGCCACGACAAACCGCAUGCUGCGAGUGGCCGUGAACGGGUUCAUGGAAAGUUUGAAACUUGUCGUCGAGGUCAUGGAGACGCUUGAUGUCGAUGUUCUAGAGCCGGGGAGUAAUACAAAUGCAACAAGUUGAAAUCACGUGCCCUAUAUA